AUGGCGGCUCAUCAUUUUGUCAUCUUCAUCGGACUUCUCAUGGUCGUCACCCAUGCCCCGGCGGUCACUUCUGACCAGAGCUUGUUUUACCCACGUUUUGGGGGAAUAUCCACAAAGAUGAAGAUGAGUGGUGUUGAUUUUUUUGGAAGAUCUCUACCCGUAGUUCCAGGGGGUCCAGACCCAAUUCAUAACCGUGAUCCUCUUCCACCUGCUCGAUCUCUACCCAUAGUUCCAGGGGGUCCAGACCCAAUUCAUAACCGUGUUCCUCUUCCAUCUACUCGGUUACCCAUUGUUUCAGGGGGUCCAGACCCAAUUCAUAACCGUGUUCCUCUUCCAUCUACUCGGUUACCCAUAGUUCCAGGGGGUCCAGACCCAAUUCAUAACCGUGUUCCUCUUCCAUCUACUCGGUUACCCAUAGUUCCAGGGGGUCCAGACCCAAUUCAUAACCGUGUUCCUCUUCCAUCUACUCGGUUACCCAUAGUUCCAGGGGGUCCAGACCCAAUUCAUAACCGUGUUCCUCUUCCAUCUACUCGGUUACCCAUAGUUCCAGGGGGUCCAGACCCAAUUCAUAACCGUGUUCCUCUUCCAUCUACUCGGUUACCCAUAGUUCCAGGGGGUCCAGACCCAAUUCAUAACCGUGUUCCUCUUCCAUCUACUCGGUUACCCAUAGUUCCAGGGGGUCCAGACCCAAUUCAUAACCGUGUUCCUCUUCCAUCUACUCGGUUACCCAUAGUUCCAGGGGGUCCAGACCCAAUUCAUAACCGUGUUCCUCUUCCAUCUACUCGGUUACCCAUAGUUCCAGGGGGUCCAGACCCAAUUCAUAACCGUGUUCCUCUUCCAUCUACUCGGUUACCCAUAGUUCCAGGGGGUCCAGACCCAAUUCAUAACCGUGUUCCUCUUCCAUCUACUCGGUUCUAA